AUGUGGACUUCUCCCGCCAUUUCCUGGGCCGCGGCGACGCUGCUGUUCCUGCGCGCAGCGUCUGCCGUCACAAUCAGUCAGAUCAAUGGCGAAGCCUUCAUCUCGCCCUUCAAAGGCCAAUCCGUGACCAACGUGACGGGCAUCGUCACCGCCAAAGGACCCUCGGGCAUCUGGAUCCGCUCGGCGAUUGCCUCGGCGAGCGUCGGCUCCGACUCCAUCUACGUCUUCUCCAGCGCCGUCGGCGCCAACCUCACCGUCGGCGACGAGAUCACGCUGGAUGCCACCGUCGCAGAGUACCGCUCCUCGUCGGCGUACCUCUAUCUCACCGAGUUGUCCUCGCCCAAGAAUGUUGUCAUUGUCUCCUCAGGCAAUGCCGUCGAGCCCCUGGUCAUCGGCAGCGGUGGUUUGACGCCGCCGACGGAGCAGUUCUCGGGUUUGGAUAAUGGCGAUGUGUUCGCGGUGCCGAACAAUGAGAGCCAGAUAUCCGUGGCCAACCCCACGCUGCAGCCGGACGUGUACGGAAUGGAUUUUUGGGAGAGCCUAUGCGGUGAGCUGGUGGCGAUUGAAGCGCCAGUGGCCUUGGCGAAGCCAAACUCCUAUGACGAAGUGUGGGUGAGGGGAAAUUGGACGGUAACAGGGUUGAAUGGGAGGGGCGGGUUGACCAUGACCGACGCUGAUGCCAAUCCCGAGGCCAUCAUGAUUGGUGACCCCCUGGACGGAACAACCAACCCGGCCACCAUCAAGCUGGGAGACACCCUUGAAGACAUCACCGGAGUCGUUACGUAUGCCUUUGGGUUCUACUAUAUCCUGCCCACCACUGCGCUCGCCGUUCUCAGUUCCCCCGAGCCUGCUCUCCCGCCGGCAACCGCCCUAACCUCCAGCGGCGACUGCUCUGGCCUGACGUUCGGCUCGUACAACGUCGAGAACCUCUCGCCCAGCUCGUCGCACCUCGCCGCCGUCGCCGAGCACAUUGUGUCCUACCUGAACUCGCCGGACCUGCUCUUUAUCCAAGAAGUCCAGGACGACACAGGCGCCACCGACGACGGCACCGUCAGCUCCAACGGCACCCUCUCCGCGCUCGCCGCCGCCAUCGCCGCCGCCGGCGGCCCGGACUCGUACGCCUUCGUCGCCAUCGACCCCGUCGACGGCGCCGACGGCGGCCAGCCCGGCGGCAACAUCCGCGUCGCCUACCUCUACGACCCGGCCAAGCUGGCGCUGCUCAACCCCAACCCGGGCAACGCGACGCAGGCCACCGAGGUGCUGUCGGCCACCGAGCUGUCCUUCAACCCGGGCCGAGUCGACCCGGCCAACACCGCAGCGUGGAGCAACAGCCGCAAGCCGCUGGCCGCCCUGUGGCAGACGCUCGGCGGCGACGGCGCCGGCCGCCUGUGGACCGUCAAUGUGCACUGGGCCAGCAAGGGCGGCUCGAGCAGCCUCGAGGGCGACGCCAGACCGCCCGCCAACGGCGGCGUCGACGUGCGCGCCGCCCAGGCCGACGCCACGGCCGCCUUCGUCGCGAGCGUGCUCGACGUCGACCCUGACGCCCAUGUCGUGGUGGCCGGCGAUUUCAACGAGUUUGCAUUCGUGGACCCGGUCCAGAAGUUUAUGGCGGCGAGCGGCUUGAGCGAUGCGGACGUCGCGGCCGGCGUGGAAGAGGUGGAGCGGUAUACGUAUUUGUAUGACAUGAACUGUCAGCAGCUGGACCAUGUAUUCGUGAGUGAGGCGUUGGUCGGGAAGGGGCUGGAGUAUGAGCAUAUUCAUGUGAAUACGUGGGCAGAUGAAGAGGGGAUGGUGAGUGAUCACGAUCCGAGUGUAGGCAGGGUGGAUGUGUGUGUUUGA